AUGCAUGCCAUUUUCAAGGCCACCCCGGCGAAACUCGACCUCUCAAAUGCAUCGCAACUGUUCCAGGUGCCCACGGCCUCCGAAUCGCUUUACUCUCUUUCAGUAACUCGCAAGCGACCACGACGAAACACCGAGAAGUUCUCAUCUCAUUUUGAAGAUUUUAAUCCCAUGAUCCCCGGCUUCCGUUCCAUGAGCGGAGGUAACGAAUUUACCUCUUCCGAGCUGGACUACCGUCCCAACCGAUACCGCGAAUCAUUCCUACCACCCUCCUUCGACACCGACGACGAAAAUCCAGACGAAAGUGGCAGUCGUAAACGCAGCCGUCGGGACUCAUGCAUCGUAUCUCCCAGCGCUGAAGGUCCCACUCUCUCAACCCCCACAGGAUGGGGCCGAUCGGUGAUUAAGGCCGUGGGGAAGGUCCUGGAUCUAUGCUGGGCGGGAGCAUUCCGCGGCUUUUAUGCUGGAGGUGGACAGGGCUACGAGAUGCCCGCUGCAUCACCGACUCACGAAUCGACCUGGCAGUCACCCACUAUCCCCUCCAGCGAGAAAGAUACCUACUCCAACACAUUCUGCUCGACUCCCGUACCGGGCCAGUACCCCGAUGAUGACAUCGACCGAACCUGGGUCGUAGUUCCCGAAACUUCAGAACAGUUUGUUGGAAGUGAUCUUCCUAGCCCAUCGCUGCGAUCACGACGAGCCUUCCAGGCCUCGAGUCCCCGUCGCCGACCUGCCGUCAUGCCCCGGCUUGCCAAGAAGUCAGCUUACUCUGGCUCUCGCUCACCGACAAAGAGUCAGGACCUGCCCUCACCGCGCCUCAAAGAUGUCCCAGCGUUUUCAGAUAUGCACAAGCAAGCUGCGAAGAUGCGCCGCAAAGAGCGAGAGGAGGAUGCCAGUAUCCAACGCUUGAACAAACAGUUGCAAGCGAUGAUCCGGGAAGGCAAGGAAGCCUUAGGAACGACGGUGGAAGUUGAUGAUUAUGACAUGUAUGACUCCGACUAG